GGCGUCUUGGCCGCCGUCUUCUCCCUGGACCAUGCACAUCCCGAGAGCCGCCUGCCCUCGCUGCCAUGAAGAGUCGCACGCCUCUCGGCCCAGAGCCCCCGGCACCUUCGCCUUCGGUCUCCAGAAAGGAUAUUGAGGCCGUCUAUGACUUCAUCUCCACGGCGCGGGCACAACCCCUCCGUCAGUCGGCAACGUCGGUCCUGAGCCUGUUUGCAACAACGAGCCGCAAGUUUGAUCUGGCCAGUCUGCUCUCGGUGCUGUUGGUCGAGCGAGUUCUUCUACCACGGCCGGUUCACCGCAUCGCGGCUCUAUAUGCCCUCUACGCCGUCUACGAGGCUCUUCCGUUCAAGGACAGUCCAUUCAUCCAUGUCUUUCUGGACUACAUCCCCGAGACCUCCCCGACCUCCUAUACCUCGCCCAUCGCACCCACCCCUCAAGAGUCUUGGCUGUGUCUGCAGCUCUUCCAGCCCGUCACAAACAUCGACUCCCUGACGCCUCUCGAAAUCACCGCCUUCGACUCGAGCGCCGUGCAGGACGAGAUCGCCAAAGCUCCACAUCUGCAGCGCAACCUUGAGCUCGCCCUCGGUAUCAAACAGGACUACGACGCCGACAUUUUAAACUCGGCUUCGCUGCGUCCAAGCAUCUAUGCCGUGGCCGAGCCCGAUCUGCAUGGGGACAUUGUCGAACCGACGCUGUCUGAGGCCCUUGAAGCUGCCGUUGCCCUGUUCUGCGAGUAUCCUGACCAUCAAUCCCAGCUUCUGGGAUUCCGGCCCCCGUUUCCCCAAUGUCUGCCACCGUCAAUGCCGUUGCUGGAUCAUGAGCUUUCUUGGAUACAUCCGGCGAUCCAGGGCCCGCUCAUCGAGUGGGAUCCCUCAAUCGCAUCAGACACCACCAAACGGAAUGAAGUCAGGCAGCACCUGCUUGCCGGAGCCGAAACCCCGCUCAGCAUUUCGCAACAGCAGCAUGUUGCGAGCAUCUUGCAGGCCGAUCCAAAUCUAGUGCUCCAAUGCGGGGUCACCACAGGAAACCUCGUUGGACUCGUGGAGCACAACCCGUCACUGGCAUUCGAGGCGCUCAAGAGCCUGGCCAGCGUCGGCCACAUUGACGAGUUUCUGGAGAUCCUCAUCAACAUGGGGGUUUCUCUGCAAUCCAUGGAGGUUGUCAACCAACUCGCAUCGUCCAUCGAGCUACCCUCGCGCUUCUUGCAGCGAUACGUCUCCAACUGUAUCUCGACAUGUGAACUGAUUGCCGACAAGUACGCCCAGAACCGACAUGUGCGCCUGGUGUGCGUUUUUCUACAGUCGCUCAUCAGCAACGGGAUCAUAUCGCCAAUGGACUUUGUCGAGAUCCAGCCGUUCUGCAUUCAGUUCUCGAGAAUCAAGGAAGCUGCAGCCCUGUUUCGCCUGCUGAAGCGAGGAAGCGACAUCCCGCCCGCAGCUAAACCGUGGGCAUAGACUGCUCUAGUUGGACUACUGUAAUUGGAUUGCUCUAUUAGAUUGCUCUAUUUGGAUUGCUCUAUUUGGAUUGCUCGUCCAUACUGCAUGCGCGAUAUGGCAUAAGCAACGUUCGUUUGGCUGACGGAAUGGUGCCCCGGCGAGCAAAUUUCAUGGGUGCGAGCGCCGGUCGAUGCCAUUCAAUCAGAUCGAUAAGCAUCGUUGAAUCCACACCAACACACAAG